UGGUUCUUGGGGGCUUAGAUAUAAGCGGAGAGGUGCACUCUGUGGGGACAGGGGGCUCUCACUGGUUUUAAUUAACUGGCUUUGAGUACAUGACAGAGGUUUUUACAAGUUCACGGCUGACAUCACUCAAUUUCUGCCUUCAGAUUUUGAAUCUAAGCCAGCAGUUCGGUGGUUGCUCAAUAGCAUCAAGAACUGCUUAAAUGUAAGUCAAGGGCACUGUCAGGCUUACAUUUUGAUUCUUUUAACUUUUCAAGUAUUUAAGGCAAAAAGCGAUUGUCUUUCCGUUCCUACUGGGCAUUUUCUAAGGGGCCCUGGGCGUCUAUUUCCUGCCCAGCUCCCUGUCCUGACACAGAGGGGCAUCCUAGGGCUGCCCUGGAAAGCCGUUCUCCCGGCUCUCUGCUCUGUUUGCUUUGGAGUUUUAUCAAGGAACAGCAGGAUGGGAGGCUCUGCUGGAUGCUGGCGAUGUGAGGCACAUCCCCCUGACCUUUCUUCCAGCCAAAUAGCUCUGAUAAGUGGGCAGACCUUGAGCCUAGAGACCCACAGACACACUUGGACGAUUCCUACAGAAAUCAGUGAGGCAGUCUCCUCCCAGGGGCUCGGCGCCUGGCUCCAGAGGCGAGGCAGCUGGCCCGGACGCUGACUGCCCAGUGCCACAGACAUGGCCAACGGGACCAACGCCUCUACCCCAUACUACAGCUAUGAAUACUACCUGGACUAUCUGGACCUCAUUCCCGUAGACGAGAAGAAGCUGAAAGCCCACAAACAUUCCAUCGUGAUCGCCUUCUGGGUGAGCCUGGCUGCCUUCGUGCUGCUCCUCUUCCUCAUCCUGCUUUACAUGUCCUGGUCGGGCUCCCCGCAGAUGAAGAACAGCCCCAAGCACCACCCAACAUGCCCCUGGAGUCACAGCCUCAGCCUCCAGCUCUGCAUCCAGAAGUGCCUGCCGUGCCACAGGGAACCCCUGGGGACCUCACGGGCUCAGGCGAGUUCAGUGGAGCCAGGGAGCAGAACUGACCCUGACCAGCUGCUACGACAGGAGAGCUCCUCCACCUUGCCCCUUGGGGUUUUCCAGACCCACCCCACUCUCCUCUGGGAACUGACCCUCAAUGGGGGUCCCCUCGGCAGAAGCAAGCCCAGCGAGCCUCCCCCUGGAGACGGGACCUCUCAAUUGCAGAGCUGAUGUCAGCAGAUCGUGGCCACCUCCCCCUGGAGACGGGACCUCUCAAUUGCAGAGCUGAUGUCAGCAGAUCGUGGCCAUAGCUGAGUGAACUGGUGAAAUCAAGCCAACCUGGACACCUCCGUUCUUUGUUCUUCUUAGAGGCUGUCUGCAUGUAGCGGAAAGGGCACCUAGGUCAAGUGCGACUAGAGCAGGAGCAUCCUAUGCCUUUGACAAAGAUUGCAGUGGUCCCUCGAGGGCAGAGGUCAUCCCAGGUGUUACUGAUUUUACUGAGCACACUUAGCCCGCUUGCUUAUGGCUUGUUUGCUUAGGGAAGAGUAGGAAAAUAAAAUAUAUGUAAAUC